UAACUAAGCAACCGGUACCCAAUCGGUACUCGGAGGGGUAUCUUUGGAGAUGUUUGCCCCCACAAAGAACUGGUUCAACCAGCCUCUGGCUAGGCCCCAUGACCCCCCUUGGCAAAACAACAGGUUCAUUCUUUUAGCGCCACUGCUGACCUCAUUGUCUCUUUGUCAAACGAAAAUCCCGCAUUGCAUUCUGCUAAAUGGCAAAGUAUCGCACAGCUGGGCGCUCGGCGCAUCUCUCUCUCCCCCGCGCGGCGUUUCACAGAUCACCGCCGCGCUUUCCUGGACACGGACGCCGGAGGAAAACAUGAGUAUUGAAGCGGACACGCUGUCUGUGAUUGAAAACCCUGGAGCUGUCCCACACCCUUUUGGAAGAGACGGGACAGGUGCAGAGGGGGCCGCAGGUGUCCACGGCAACCCGGCCUGGCUAAGAGAAAUCCACCCGGAGAGUAAAGUAUCUUCCAAGGUGACAGCCCACAGGCUGGUGAGAGUCUUGGCCGCUGUGUGUGCAGUUGGAAUCCUGGGGGGUGUGGCUGUUGGUGUUUGGUUCAUAGUAAAACUGCUGCUGAGGCCUACCAUCACUCAAAGCCCAGCAGGACUGGGGGACACCAAAGAGACCUCUUUCUGCAAUGUGACUGAGGACAUCUCUGUCACUGACCCCAGGAAAGUGUUUUACAGGAUCAGCCCGGAGAACUCGCUGCUGGAGAUCCAGCUGGAGAAGCUGCAGACGUGGCUGCCCGUGUGCUACGAGCGCUGGAACUCUUCGCUGGGCACGCUGGUGUGUCGCCAGCUUGGCUACCUCAGGCUAACCAAGCACAAAGGAGUGAACCUGACUGAUAUUGGACCCAAUUACACUGAUGGCUUUGUUCAAAUUACUUCAGAACACAAAAACAGUCUUGAAAACCUAUGGCAAUUCAGGGGAAGUUGCCUCACAGGAAAGGUUAUAGCAUUGAAAUGCUUUGAGUGUGGGACUCGAGCCAAGCUUGCGAGGAUCAUCGGGGGCGUGGAGGCCACUUUGGGCAGGUGGCCCUGGCAGGUGAGCCUGUACUACAGCAACCGUCACACCUGCGGAGGCUCCAUCAUCACCAGCCAAUGGAUUGUCACCGCCGCACACUGCGUCCACAAUUACAGGCUGCCUCAGGUGUCCAGCUGGAUGGUGUAUGCUGGCAUGGUCACUCGAGGGUCAGCCAAGCUCGCCCAGCACACGGGGUACGCGGUGGACAAGAUCAUCUACAACAAAAACUACAACCACAGGAGUCAUGACAAUGACAUCGCCUUGAUGAAACUCAAGGCCCCUCUGAAUUUUACAGACACCAUCAGGCCAGUUUGCCUGCCACAGUAUGACUAUGACCUCCCAGGAGGAACACAGUGCUGGAUCUCCGGAUGGGGUUACACUCAACCUGACGAGGUCCAUAUCCCGGACACGCUGAAAGAAGCACCGGUCCCGUUGAUAAGCACAAAGAAAUGCAACAGCUCCUGCAUGUAUAACGGAGAGAUCAGUCCCAGAAUGCUGUGCGCCGGCUACACUGAGGGCAAAGUGGACGCCUGCCAGGGGGACAGCGGGGGACCCCUGGUGUGCCAGGAUGACAGCGUUUGGAGACUGGUUGGCGUGGUAAGCUGGGGGACAGGCUGUGCCGAGCCCAACCAUCCUGGCGUUUACACCAAGGUGGCAGAGUUCCUGGGCUGGAUAUAUGAGAUGAUUGAGAACUACUGAAGACACAAAGAAAAGGGAAGACAGGAUGGGACAGCAGGGAAGAUCUGCAAAGAAGGAGCUGUCCAAAGUUGUAUUUCACAUGUGCAAGGGAUACAGAACAUGCACAAUCAGUGCUGUGUUUUGUGUAUUUAUGACCAAUGCACUAAGCCACUUGUAUUAUCAUGUGUGAAGGAACACAAACAUACUGUACACACACAUACAUAGAGUUCUUUUUUUUUCAUGGAACCCACUCACUGCUUUUUUUACUCAUUGUCUGAAAGAAAACCAAAGAGAUUGCUGGUUGUGGUGAAAUUAACUGGAUUUUAAACAGUGAUUAAUGUCUGUUUUUUUUUUUUGUUUUGUUUUUUUUUUUCAUUUUAAUUUGUAAUUGUAUGAAUACAAAGAUUAUUCACUCUGUAAAAAUAACAGUUUAGGUCACUGUGUUUUCCUAUUUAAAAAUGUUUGUCCUUUAUGUGUGUUAUUACCUGUAUUCAAACAUAUUUAUAAAAUACAGUAUAUUUCUUUUAUUAUAUCAAUAAAUUAAGAUGAAUAAAUGUUUUAACUCCA